AUGAAACGAAGAAUCACCUUUAUUCAACCCCCCAACGCCCCCUUCUCCCCCGACCAAGCCGUUCUCACCCCCGACGCCCUCUCAGUCACCAACCUCGAUGCUGUCCGCGAAGAACGGCUCACCGUUAGCUAUGAUGAGUUGCCAGACGAUAUACGCACAGUCAUAGACCAAUACCAAGCAGUCCACAUCCGCUGGGCCACAGAACAGUCGCACAAAGCUCCCGCGCCAUUGGCGAGUAGGAUCUCGUCGGGUUUGCAUGUUUUUGUUUCUGGGGAGAAGCGUGCUGAGGGGGAAGAUGCACUAUGUCCACUGCUGAAGAGGAUGUUUGGGGAGGAGGUCGAUUGUUUGAGCACUGAGAAAUCAUUCAUAGAGCCGCCGAUCCUUUCAAAACGGUUCUCCUCCACCGCUGAUUUGUACUACUACAGCGUCCUCUCCUUUGCAACUCCGCUGGUCGAUUAUAUCAAAGAUAACAUCUGUGCCAAACUGCCCAGAUGGUCCGACUCAUCGUACGACUGCAUAGAACUCGCAUCGUCGCUGUUCGCAGACACAUUUGAUAUCAGCUAUGAUGGCAUCUCGCAUGUCCUGACUGUGUCGGCGGUGUCGAGUAGAGCACCUGGCGACGGGGAAUGGUCGCAAAGAGUUGCGAAGCCGGAGGGUAAUGGUAAUGGUGGAAGGGAGGGGAUUGAUCAGGUUGAGGUUGGGUUAUUGACGACGGAGAAGGCGGCGGAGGCGGAGGAUAUUAAGAUGGGUGGGUUGUUGGGUGUUGUGGGGAGGGAUGAGAAGCUGAAGCCGACGAUGUUCUCCUUCCCAUCGCGGCAUCAUGCUCUACCAGAUGACGCAACGUAUUUGGCUUCCUUCUCCCAUCCAAAAGGCCUCCAUCCGACAAUGACACUUUCCCUCUCUCCGUCAGCGCUGAAAGAACCCCCCGCCCCGGCAGACGCAACCUGCGCGCUGCAUACAUAUCUCACCCUCCCAUCAUCCAUAUUCGGCGACAAAUACCAACUCUCCACGACAGACCCGCUCUUCCUCCAAUCGCACAAUCUAGCCGCCCUCCGCGCCGUCUUCGGCGAAACAGACCUUGAAGCACCAGAUUGGGCCGUCGACCGGUGGGGCUCAAACUGGUUACUCGAGCUUGCUACCCCGGAGAACCUUGACGCGGUGACAAGCGAAUGGAACGUAACUAUCCCGCUACACUUGCGCUACCUGCCCCCCUCCGAGUCCGGAUACCGUACUAUACGGGUCCCAUGGCCGGUUGUCUUCUGGGCGUGCACGGCCGAAGGAGGGACGAAGAUGGGGAUUAACCCGUUUGACCGGGUGAAUCUGGGUUGGGAGGGGUUGUUUGGGCCUCGGACGAUGUUUUACCAGGUGCAUCCUAGUGAUGAGGAUGUCUAUCUUUACGAGAAGGUGACUGUCCCUGUUUUGCAGUUGGAUGAGAAAGAGGGAUUGUUCCGGAGUAAAACGAUCGAGCUUGGUACGGUUGCGGUUAUUGUGCUUGGAUUUCUGUGGGUGUUGUUGAAGCUUGGGUUGGUGUCUUCGUCUUCGGGAAAGAAGAGUAAGCAGGGGAAGACUGAAUGA